AUGAUGGUGGUGGUGUCGUUUGCUUUCAUUCUCUUGCACCAAAGGAACGAAAGGAGUCAGACACAGCGAGUAGGAGCGACGGUGGAAGCGAGAAGGGUGGAAUCGGGUCCACUGAAGAUUAAACCAAUAAUCAACCCCAUCUUCGUUGGCACAACAAAACACAAACGAGCAGCAUUUAGAAUUCAGAGAGAGAGAAAGAGUUCAUCUCCACCACCCAUCGAACGCUUCAAGGGCAUUAUUUUCAGGCUAAAAUUAGCUAAACAACCGUGA